CGCGCCUUAGAUAUUUUUUUAAUGUCCCGCUGGAGGGGGGCGCGGGCAGUCAGGGUAUAAAGGAAGGUAGCCGCGCCCUGCACAUCCCACCAGAGCUGCCCAGGAGCUCCGAGCUUCGCCUCCUCUGGCCUCCUCCUUCUUCGCCUCUGGCCUUUGCCUCUCCUUCUCUUCACCCUGCCUCCCUCGGCCAACCCCGAUCACCAGCUGCCGCCUGCGGGCAUCCAUCAGCAGCCCCCAGCUCCUCCACCUCUGCCGCCUCCGCCACCUCCACCUCCCCAGCCGCUGCCUCCCCCACCACCCCCGCCACCUCCUCCAGCUCCGCUGCCGCAGCCUCCGCCGCCACCACCUCCGCCACCCGCGCCCGCUGCUGCAGCUACCAGCCGCCGCCCAUUGCGGAACUGAGGUCUUAGCCCUUGCUCUGCCACAAUGUCCAGAGAAAGCGGUUCUGAGGAAUGCCAGGGGAAGGAGGAAUUUAACCAGGAUGUGAAGGAAGAUCAUGUUGAUGAGAAGGAAGAGCCAAGCCCCGAUGAGCUUGUGAAUGGGAAGGAAGAGCCAAGCCACGAUGAGCUUAUGAAUGGUAUACAUGAGCGGAGCCCCGAUGUGCUUAUGAACGGGACGCACGAGCCAAGCCCGGAUGAGCUCUUUGAUGGGGAGGAAGAUCCAAGUAUUGAUGAGCUUGUCUAUGGGGAUGAUGAUCCAAGCUUUGAUGAAGUUAUCUAUGAGGAGGAAGAUCCAAACCCUAAUGAGCUUGUCUGUGAGGAGGAAGGUGCGAGCUUAGAUGAGCUUGUCUGUGAGGAGGAAGGUGCGAGCUUAGAUGAGCUUGUCUGUGAGGAAGAAGACCCCCAUGCUGAUGAGCUGAUCUGUGAAGAGGAAAAUCCCAACCCCGAUGAGCUUAUGUGUGAUGAGGAAGACACCGUUGAUGAGGAAGAUGCCAGUCCAGAAGAGCUUAUCUGUGAUGAGGAAGAUCCCAAUGCAGAUGAGCUUAUCUGUGAGGAAGAAGGCCCAAACUCAGAUGAGCUUAUCUGUGAGGAGGAAGGCCCAAACCUUGAUGAUCUUAUCUGUGAGGAGGAAAUCCCACACCCUGAUGAUGAGGACUUUAUUUGUGAGGAGGAAGACCCACAGCCUAUUGAUCUCAUCUAUGAGGAGGAAGAUCCAAGCUUCCACGAGCUCAUCUGUGGGGAGCAAGACCCAAGUCUCCAUGAGCUUUUUGAUGGGAGAGAUGAACCAAGACCAAAUGGGAGGGAAGGCCCCAGCCCUGAUGGCAGGGAAGACCCAAGCCCUGAUGGCAGGGAAGACCCAAAUCCUGAUAGCAGGCAGGAUCCGAGUGCUGGUGAGCUCUUUGACGGGAAGAAAAACCAAAGUCCCAGUGAGCAUGCUGAAGGGACGGAGGAAAGAAGCCCUGAUGGGAAGGAAGAUGGCUGGAAUGGGAAAGAGGAAGAGAACAAGAAGAGGGGUAUUGAGCCCGGAAGAGAGCAAAGUGGUGGUGGCUCAACAGAAUCCUCCCGCUCCCGGAAAAGAAAGGCCGAUGUAGCUGUGUUUUUGCUGGAUCCAGAUGAAGUAUUGGCCAAAAGGGAAACAAUUGGAAGAACUGCAGUCAGGAUACCGGCUUUUCUCAGAAAUCCGUGGUCAGUGAUUCUCACACCUGACAAAGGAGGGGAUGAGCCAUCAUUACCUAAUUCUAAUAUGCCAACCCACAACUUCUCACAACAUAGAGCUACACCAUUACCAUUAUUGGGCUGGGCAAAUAGAGAUGAGGUUUGGAAAAUCAUGUUAAGCAAAGAACAGGUAUACCUGAGGGAUAAGAACUUUAUGGAGAGACAUCCUUCUCUACAGCCAAGAAUGCGAUCCAUCCUUCUGGAUUGGAUGAUGGAGGUGUCUGAAGUCUAUAAACUUCACAGGGAGACGUAUUACUUGGCACAAGACUUCUUUGAUCGAUAUAUGGCAACACAGCGAAAUAUUACAAAAACACUUCUGCAGCUUAUUGGGAUUACCUCAUUAUUUAUAGCUGCCAAACUUGAGGAAAUCUAUCCACCAAAGCUGUACCAGUUUGCUUAUGUGACAGAUGGAGCUUGUACAGAGGAAGAAAUUCUUACCAUGGAAUUAAUCAUUAUGAAGGCCCUUAAGUGGCGUUUAAGUCCAAUGACACUUGUGUCCUGGCUAAAUGUAUACAUGCAGGUUGCUUAUCUCAAUGACCUGUAUGAAGAAGUGCUCAUGCCACAGUAUCCUCAGCAAAUCUUUGUGCAGGUGGCCGAGCUUUUAGAUGUCUGCAUCCUGGAUAUGGGCUGCUUUGAUUUUACUUAUGGAGUGCUGGCUGCAUCUGCCUUAUAUCAUUUCUCUUCCACUGAGAUAAUGAAAAAAGUUUCAGGCUUUGAUUGGCCAGAAGUAGAGGACUGUGUGAAGUGGAUGGUCCCAUUUGCUAUGGCUGUAAAGGAAGUAGGAGGAGCCAGACUCAAAUAUUUCAAGGGUGUUCCUAGUGAAGACAUGCAUAACAUUCAGACUCAUGUGAACACCAUAAAUUUGCUGGACAGAGCUUAUGAAAAGCAAGCCAUGCUGGCUGAUGAGAGAGUGUCUGCUCCCACUGGAGUCCUCACACCACCACAGAGUGAUAAGAAACCUAGCAAAGAGCAGGAGUGAAUUUUCUAACACUUCUCAUCAGAAAUGAAUUUGCUGAAGUGCCUGCUCUAAGCUCUGCUCCGUUGACUGCUGCCUGGGGGAUUUGUUAGCUUUUACAGAUUUUUAGAUGGAAACAUGCAUUUCUUUUCCUUAACAGAAGCUUCUUAGAUGGGACUGGGGCGGAAGUAGUGUUUUUAUGGAACACACGUUUUAAAAAAGGGGGUCAAGUACACCAGCCACCUAUAGAACACCAACGAGUGCUCCAGAUGCUGCUAGGAGGGUGAUACUUGGUCGACCAUUCAUACAAUAAAAAAGCCUUGAAAUUAAGUAUAACUCUUUCUGGCCUCUGCUUUAGUACCCUAGGGUUAUUAAUCACAUUUAAUGCAUGAAUGCCUAAUUAUUAACAUUAUACUGCAAUAGUUGCAACUAGCUGUGGAGGGUAGCUUGCCAUUCCUGCAAUAUUAAUUUGCUUUCCUUUUUAACCCUUUCUGUAUGUAAAUUGCUGCUAUAUCUCUAUUUCAAUUCAAUAAAGUUACUGUCUCAAAGGCAGCAGGUUUUUCGGAA